UCUCCGGACGGCGAACCGCGGCAUCCUGCAGCAAGGAUAAUGGACUCCUGACUGGGCUGUUGAAUCAAACAAUCGAGAGAUUAUUUACUCCAAAGGCGUAGUAUAAUUUUCAUCUAACAGUCAUCCAUGAGAUUCUUCAGGCUUACAUUCAAGUGUUUCGUCGACUGCUUUUGAAUCUCCUCCGUCCACGGCUAGUGUGACCGCGCUGCUCUGUGAAAUUUUCCAUCUCUUGGCUGAGCUGAGGGCUCCAUCGUGUGAUAUACAAACUGCGAUUUUUUAAAAAGAAAAAAAGAAUAUCUUAAAGAGGAAGAAAUAACAAACUGAAAACCUCAAAGACAACCGGGGCAGUGUGUAUAUCGUGGCUGCAUCUCUGAAGAGGCUGCCUUUUUUAACCAGGCAUUCUUUAAAUUUCACAUUCGUUAAAUCCAUUGAAAAAAAAAUAAAAAAAAAUCAGUUUGCUCUUUAAAUUUUUUUUCUUCCACUAAUAACCCAAAAAUAUGUCACCUGAGUUGGAAGAGAACAGCCAAGGUGAAAUCAGCGUUUCCCAGCUGGAGGCCGGGACACUGUCCGAGGAGGAGGGUGUGGGGUCGGCUCGCCCCUUGGUGUCUGUGCCCGGCGUGGGCUCCGGGUGCGGCGAGGGUGGAGGGGCCGGCCCGCCGCAGCCGCAGGAUGGGGCUGCAGCUGUCACUGUCAACGGGUCCGUUUCAGGAACGACCGUCGAGAGAGAAACGUGGACCAGACAGUUGGACUUCAUCAUGUCCUGUGUGGGUUUUGCAGUUGGCUUGGGCAACGUGUGGCGGUUCCCUUACCUCUGCUACAAGAACGGAGGAGGGGUUUUCCUGAUACCUUACAUGCUGUUUGUGUUCAUCGGGGGCAUCCCAGUCUUCUUCCUGGAGAUUGCACUAGGCCAGUUCAUGAAGCAGGGAGGAGUCUCUGCUUGGAACAUCGCACCCCUCUUUAAAGGUCUGGGUCUGGCCUCGAUGGUGAUAGUGUUCUUCUGCAACACCUACUAUGUCAUGAUCUUAGUGUGGGGACUCUACUUUCUCUUCCACUCUUUUACGAACCCGCUGCCCUGGGCUACCUGUGGACACCCCUGGAACACCCCCAACUGUACGCAGGACUUCAGACGAAUCUGCUACAACCACAGCGCUGCCCCGCCUGCUCUGCCAACUUCUGCUGCCCCCCCUUCAAAUGUCCUGCCCAGCUUGUCCCCGCUCAACCUGUCCUCAUCCUACCUCUUCCUCAACAGUAGCUGUGUGGAACCCGAGGGCAUGCGCUCCCCAGUAAUCGAGUUCUGGGAACGUAAAGUGCUCCGUCUGUCUGGAGGGCUGCACGAGCCUGGUGUCAUCAGCUACGAGAUGGUGCUGUGUCUCAUAGCCGUCUGGAUCAUUGUUUAUUUCUGCAUGUGGAAAGGAGUUAAGUCUACUGGCAAGGUUGUGUACUUCACUGCUCUGUUUCCCUACUUGGUUUUGGUUGUUCUUCUGGCUCAUGGAAUCACUCUACCCGGAGCUUUGGAUGGCAUCGUUUACUACCUAAGACCAGACUGGUCCAAACUCGGAGAAGCACAGGUGUGGAUUGAUGCCGGGACUCAGAUUUUUUUCUCCUACGCCAUCGGACUGGGCGCCCUCACUGCGCUGGGCAGCUACAACCGCUUCCAUAACAACUGUUACCAGGAUGCUUUCAUGCUGGCUCUCAUCAACAGCGGGACCAGUUUCUUUGCUGGCUUCGUGGUGUUCUCUGUGCUGGGCUUCAUGGCUGCCGAACAAGGGGUGGACAUCAGCAAGGUGGCUGAAAGUGGUCCAGGCCUGGCCUUCAUAGCGUACCCCAAGGCUGUGACUCUGAUGCCUCUGGCGCCGCUCUGGGCAGCACUGUUCUUCUUCAUGUUGCUCAUACUGGGCCUAGACAGUCAGUUUGUAGGGGUAGAGGGUUUGAUAACAGGAAUCAUGGACAUGUUACCCCCUAAAUCUGCCCUGGGCUCCUUACGACGAGAAGUGGUUGCUGCCAUCUGCUGCAUCAUCUGCUUCUUCAUUGACAUGUCCAUGGUCACUGAGGGAGGGAUGUAUGUAUUCCAGCUGUUUGACUACUACUCUGCCAGCGGCAUCACUCUCUUGUGGCAGGCUUUCUGGGAAUGUGUCGUCAUCGCAUGGGUUUAUGGUGCGGACCGCUUCAUGGAUGACGUAGCUCGUAUGAUUGGUUAUCAGCCCUUGCCCUACAUGAAGUGGUGCUGGUCCUACAUAACACCUUGCGUCUGUGUGGGAGUGUUCCUGUUCCACGUGGUGAAUUACAAGCCUCUGACCUACAACUCAGUGUACACGUAUCCUACGUGGGGUGAAGCCGUUGGCUGGGCGCUGGCUCUGUCGUCAAUGCUCUGUAUUCCUCUCACUGUCCUCUAUAAACUCCUGCGCUGCAAAGGGUCUUUGCGGGAGCGGUGGCAACAUCUAACUACCCCGGUCUGGGGUAGGCAUCAUCUGGAGUACCUGGCCCCAGAGAGUGAAGCCAAACUGCUGCCCCCUGCAGGAACCAAGAGUACACUGCUCUUUGAGAGUGUCAUCUGAUGAGCUUUAACAGCAGCCCACACAAGUUAACAAAAACAAACCAAAACAUGCACACUUCUUCGGCCUAUUAAGAACUAAACACAGAACAUCCACACUAAAAUUUUAUAGUGAUUAAAAACAAAAAAAAGAAGCCCUGAUCAAAUGGACCAAAGAUUACCCUGGAGAAGAACUGAGAAAAAGCCACACCCAUGCUGUCAUCCCCCCUGCUCUGUUUUCUGACGCUACCUCGCUGGCUCUCCCCUCGCUUUCCGUCUCCUUGCCUUCGUACCGCCUUGUCCCGUCUCGUUCUGUGAUGUGUAUGCAGUAUUUGCAAUACCUUCCCCCUCUGCACUUUUCUGUCAGUGAUUUGACGGUCUUAUUUGUCCGAAAACCAUCAGGUCGUUGUACUUUGAAAGGGCAGAAACUUAAAAGAUCCCGGUUAAACUUCUUAAAUGGAAGACCUCACAUCUGCUGCUGAUAUUUCCAUAGUCUGAGUGUGUUACGUGUGUUACCGCAGGCAUGCUCGUUCCCUGGUAUCAGUAUAUGUGUGUGGGCAUGCAUAUUUGUCUGUAGGGAGUGAAUGUUGGACCAUGGCAGUGUUGUCUUCAUGUUCACAUGACUUUGCCUUUUUGCCAGUGAUAUCCGUCAGAUGUGCUCUCUGAAUUAAGUGUAUUAAAAAAACGAGAGAGAAUAACUUCCAUUUGUAAACGACAACAAAAAUCUAAUAACAAGGAGACAAUGCAUCACCACUUCCAGCUGUGUAUUAUUAACUAACUUAAGUACCCUGUGUAUUGUACAUCUGUGAAUUAGUGUUAAUAUUUGGAGGGGAUGAUGAUCAUUAUUUCCACAUGAGGCGAAGGAGAGAAACAUUUGACUAAACUGUAACAGGCAGGAGACUGGGAUGUGAGGAUGGGAAAGAGAGAAGCAAUAAAUGAUCAUAUGAGGAUGGA